AUGAAACAUCUGGACUGUUCUCAUUCUUCAAAUCGGGUACACGAAAACAGCGUGGGGACUCUCAAGAAGGUUCCGAUUCUUCUGAUCCCGGGAAACACGGCGGACCAAAGGAAUCAGUCAGGAAUCAAGAGGGAAUCGAGCAAGUUUAUUCUACGUCGUCUUCACAGGAUCAUGAUGCGAAAGUUUCUGCUGGUGGUCCUGAAUCCAUUGGUUCCCGCACAUAUGUUUUUGGACGGUGGCGACAUGAUGCUAAAAGUGAAGGUGAGAAGGAUCCGAAUCAACCAGGAACUUAUGGUGUAUCUUCCGCCUCUUACGAGAAUCCCCAUGAGUCUACGACUAGCCAAUUUCAGGUUAAGAUCAAAAAACUCGUCUUCCUGGACAUGGGCUCGCUCUUCAGAAGGUGUAAAACCUACUGGAGAUGAAGAAUCUGCUGGAUUACGUUCAGGAAAGGAUCUUCCUCAACGUGACUCAUCUGAAGAAUCAGAACGUUUAAUAGCUGUUGCAAGUAGUCAUACAGGUCGUCUUGAAGGGAGAACAUUGCAAGGAGAUGAAUGGGUGGAAGUUCGUGUAGAUCGACGUGCCGAGGUUCAACUUGAACCCGUGUUUUGCUUGACAGGGGCGGGGUUACGCGAUCUCUCCGAGGACGAAGCUGGGAUGAUCUUCUCUGUUACGCCACCAAUGCCGUCGUCUAGUCGUUCGUUCUUCAGUCGACUCGGUUUCAAGAGUUCAUCACAAAAGCCAAAGAAACAGAAGAAAGGCAAGAAAGAAUCCGACUCAAGUGAUUCUUCUAGUAGUUCGGAAGAUGAGAAAAAUCAGAUCCAAGUUAUACCAGUCGAGGUUUGUAUGAACUUUUUUUCCACAUUUUUAGACGUAUUUAGGUCACUUAAUUUUAUGUACAUUUGCAAUGAUUUGGUAGUUGGACGUACUGCACUAGAGAGAUCUUACUUCAACUUUUCUGCUGUACUAUUUGCCUAG